AUGCGUACGAAGUCUCGCAAGGCCGAGUGUGAGCAAUCAAUCAUCGAUCCACCUUCACGACAAUUCGACCCGCCCGCCUCCCUGGAAACCGCCAGUCCUCCAAUCCUCCCCGGGCUAACGCAGACCCUGUACCGUCACGAUGCCUACCCCCGAGUCCCAGAUGUUCCAGGCGCAGAAGCCCAAGGUGCCCCCACGUUUGACGGUGUCGACUACGACGAUUCCAAGGCCUUCAAGGCCGCCCAGGACGCCAUUACCAGGGAGCAAUGGGUCGGAGCCAUGAUGAUCAGGAUCGUUGGCGAGGAAUUGGGCAAGUGCUAUACGCGCGAAGGUGUAAACCAUCUCGAGAAGUGCGGUCACCUACGAGAACGAUAUCUACAACUCCUCAAGGACAAGAAGGUCAAGGGCACCCUUGGUCUACAGCAAAACUUCAUCGAGGCCAAGGAGAAGGAGAUGUCCAACCCCCAAUAG